CCACUCCACUUGUAUUCCUGGCCUGGGGCUGCACAGGUACCCAGCCUUAGAAAAUGCUACACCCCUGACUAGGCCACCCUAGGGAUAGUAGGCAGCAGGCUGGAAGUUCUUGGCCUUGUCUGGAUACACAACUGUGCCCAGACUGCCAUGAGUCCAGGGGACUGGCAGGGCUGAGGUCCCCAAAUGCCUCUCACCCUACAGGACACUAAGGCCUUUUGCCUUGGGAGAGGGGUAUGUCCCAGAAUCGAGCUCUGUCCAGCCUCAUGCUCCCGGUCCCUGCCCCUCAUGGGGUCUCAGGUUAUGGGGUGUGGGGGUUUCAUGUUGCCAGAGGAGCACUUCGCCAGGCACAGCAUUGGGGUGGCCCCACCCAGCUUCUUCCUCCUGAGCCUGUGCUGACUCACCACCAGCGUGAGUGCUCAUGUCCCAGAGCCCGGCCAGGUAUCAGAGGCAUCUAUAAAAGCAGACUGGUCCAGGCCCCAGCAUCCUGCUUGAUUACCACCUGUUGCCACACAAUGCUGGGAGGCCUGGGGAAGCUAGCUGCCGAGGGCCUGGCCCACCGCACGGAGAAGGCCACAGAGGAAGCUGUUCAUGUUGUGGAGGGAGUGGUGAAGGAGGUGAUAGACCAUGCCAAGGAGGCUGGAGAGAAAGCCAUUGCUGAUGCUUUAAAGAAGGCCCACGAGUCGGGGGAGAAAGUGGUAAAGGAAGUCACUGAGACGGUGACCAACACAGUCACGAAUGCUGUCACGCAUGCAGCAGAAGGCCUGGGCAAACUGGGACAGUGAGCUUGCCUGCCACCAGCAGGCUCUUCCUGAAAUAAAAGGCUGUGAUUAACUGUG